UGCCGUCCGCACAUGCCCGGAACGCCGAUUCGUACCGCCGAAAGACGUCCAGUCAUACGUCCGUUACACAGCCGCCGCCGCCUCCGAAGAUCCGCGUGUAGAGUAUUGCCGUGAGACCGUUGCCGUCGAUCCUCGUGAAUUGGAUGAGGGACAUGUCGUUUGGCACACGGCAUUGACGGGCCCGCACCGGCAGUGUCGUCAUGGAGGUAGUACAACCGGCAUAGCCGCGACACACGUGUCUGCACACUCGUUUUCCAGUCGUCUGCUCGCCUCCACAGCCCAUCAUCUUAAAUCGACAACCAGGUCCACGGUGACCCUAACCUCAUGGCGUGUCAGUACGCGAUGUUUGCCGCCGUUAUAGCAGUCGUUGUAGCGACUUGUGCCACGGCGUCAGUCCUAGGACAACCAGAUAAACCCACAGCCGAUGGUGGUGGUUGUCCUUCACCCGGCCUCACGCUGAACGGCACUAGAGUUGUUCCACGGUCGGGCAUGUCACCGGACUUUUCAACAUUGUCCGAAGUGAAAUUCCCAGCGCGCCUGCCGUCCCCUUCCGGCAAGGGAUCGGUGUCAGCGGCGUCGUCAUCCUCAGCGGAGGCUGAAACUCCGUCCAGGAUCUGCAAGAUAAAAUGUGUUUCGGGCCAAUGGGUUGGUCCCCUGUGCCAAGAAAUAAACGGUGAUGGCAGGUUCCAGCCAAUACUAAAAUCAUGUGCACUGGAAGAAGUGCCACCAAAUCUUAUUCUAUCAUUUAAAAAUCGGAUUAUUGUAGAAUUCAAUACGACGAUACCUCACAAUAGCACAAUAUCAGCACGAUGUCAAGAACCUAUUGGCACAUACAAACUUAGCGGACCUCCAGUGUUAAAUUGUAGCAAUGGAGUUUGGUCAAGCACAAUACCUAAGUGUCAACCAACAACUCUAUUCACUAACUAUUCAGAAAACUCGCCUCCGACAAUUUUGGUACGGGUUCCAUCAGGAUCAGCAGCUGUAGACCAAAAUGGUGGACUAGUCGUUUUCCCUGGAUCUAUAUUACACUUAGAAUGUCUUUAUUUGAGACGACAUGGUGAUCCGGAGUGGACAUGGACAUCUGAGGCUGAAACUUAUCUUACCGGAUGGGCGAUAGGAAACGACGAACGCAACUGGAAAUAUCGAUUAUCUAUUUACUAUGUAAAACAAUUUGAUACAGGCUCAUUCACUUGCACUACUUCACAUGGAAUAAACAACACUAUAACACUACAAGUUUCAGAUAUCCACUGUAAGCCAGUGCCCAGCAUGAAUCUCAAUCCUCAUCUUAACUAUAGAGCAAGUGGGCAUAGGCUUGGUCAGACAACAUACUUCAACUGUCCACCUGGAUUUUUCCUUAAAGGUUCUGCAAAUAUCACCUGUCUUCCUUCAGGAGACUGGUCGAAUUCACCACCGGAUUGUAUCAUGGUUAAGUGUCCGCCAAUCAGCGUUGAUGAUUCUAGGUUGAUCAUGGUUGAAUACAACGACACGUACGGCAAACGAGCAGCGUUCAAAUGCGCUUGGGGCUUUCAAAUGUCGGGUGUCAAUUCGAUUGAGUGCUUGGCGGAUUCCACGUGGUCGCACCGAAUACCUACAUGUACCGAAAUCCUGUGUCCUACUCCGGUCGUGCCACUCAACGGUCUCCUGAUCGAAGAUUCGGCUCCAGGGCGUCACGUAGUCGGUUCCAUGGUGCAGUUUUCUUGUGGUGAAAAGCAUCAGCUGAUCGGAAAACCCAGCAUGGUGUGCACAGAAAAUGGCACUUGGUCACACUCCACGCCAUACUGCAAAGCCAGAUGCGAGUAUCCGGGCGAGCCGCCCAACGGCCGCAUCAUACCGCUGAAGUUCUGGUACGUGCCCGGCGACAAGUUGAAAAUCACAUGCCUGGCCGGGUACGUUCUGCCGCUGCCACUCGAGGCCAGUCCGCCCGUGUGCCUCGGCAACGGCACGUGGUCGCAUACCCUGCCCGAAUGCAUACAGUACACGAACGUGUGAUCGGAUGACAGCGAUCCGAUCGAGACGUGUCCGGGUGGGCGAACACGCGGUUUCGCGGAUGGUGCUCGCUUUACUGCGAACCGUUCGCCGUCCGACGUUUAUUUACACUAAUUUAUAAUUUAAUUUAUAGUCAUCGUGUCGUGUCUAAUAACAAUAAUAUUAUCGUACGCUCCUUACGGUUAUAAUAUAAUAAUAUUGUAUUCCCAUAGGCGUAGGCGCAAAUAUGUGAGGGGGUGGGAGCUUGAGAGGCUCGAGUUUAACGCACCCUCGUCGAGAAUGUGUUGUAAAUAAAUACAAAUAUGCACGAGUUUUUACGGAUCGAUACGCAUAGGUAAGAAAUUUAAUAAUAUAAUAUUGUGCGAUUUUACAUUAUAAUAUAUUAUAUAUUUAUUCGGCGAGUGUCAGCGACCUUCAACGAAAUAUUACGUGUAUACCGUGACAUACCUACCAUCAGGUGAUUUAUUUAUUAAUGUAAGACACACAUUAUUUCAAAAACUAUUUACUUUUUUGAAAACAUUUGUUUUAUAUAAUUUAAGCAAUCAAUUAAAAUUUAAAAAAUCGUACUUAUUUUUAU